CUCCGUAUAAACCAUUAUAAUCUCUCAUCUAGAUCACAUAUCCUUUGGCUCAAAUAAGUCAACGUAGACUUGUUGAAGACUUGUAACAGAUUGAUUGGGUAUUUGAAUCAUUCAUUCUUCAUACAAGUGUUCAUCAGUCAUGAGGAUUUCUACUUUCUUCUCUGCCUUUUUUAUAAUUCUCAUGUUAUCACCCGCUACUGUGCCUUUAAAAUUCUACUAUCAAACAGCAAAUCUUUCCACUACAUGGACCACCAAUUACUCGGAUUACCAACCCAUGCUCCUUAGUGGAAACAAGUUAGCUACAUUCACCUGUGGCUUUCGCUGUGGAGCAGAUGGUACCUCGUGCCUCUUUUCCAUAUUCAUUUUUCCGAACUAUGUUACAUAUGGGCGAUCUGAAGUCGUUUGGUCAGCCAACAGAGGCUAUCUGGUUAGGGGUGAUGCGAUACUGAAUUUCACUGCAGCUGGAGACUUGAUGCUUAAGGAUGGAGACGGAAGCAUAGUUUGGGCUACUAACACUGCAGGAAAAGCAGUUGCUGGCAUGAACCUAACUGAUUCCGGAAAUCUGGUGUUAUUCGAUGACCAGAACUUGGUAGUUUGGCAAUCUUUUGAUGACCCAACAGACUCUUUGUUACCUGGCCAAAAGCUGUAUCAAGGUCAAAAACUGAAAUCUAGUGUUUCUUUAUCCAACUCAUCGGGUCGGGAAGGUAUGUUUUCUAUUGGAAUCACAGAUAUAGGUUUGUUUGCUUAUGUUGAAUCAAACCCACCUCAAGCCUUUUACCGUAUGUUGGUCUAUCCUAAUGGCAAUGAUACACAUAAAGGAAGACGAUACGUUAGGUUCUUGAAUGGGAGUUUGUCACUAUUCAUUCGUUCUUCCGAACCAAGUGAUCCUGAUGUUUCAAUUUACAUACCUACAGCAUCCUCAGUUCAGUAUAUUAAACUGAUGUCAGAUGGGCAUUUGAAAGUGUUUGAAUAUCAAUCUGGAGGGUGGAUAGAGGUAGCGGAUCUUCUUAAUGUAGGAAACUGCAGUUAUCCUUUAACUUGCGGAAGAAAUUCCAUCUGCUUGGCUGGUCAACAACAAUGUAGUUGUGCCGGAAGAGAACAUUUUAGACCUGUGAACGAUCGCCAACCCAACCUGGGUUGCUCCGAAAUUACUCCCCUAAGAUGUAAUUCUACACAAGAUCAAGAUUUAAACACAGUUGAGAAUGUCAAAUACUUCACCUCUACCGCUGACAUGGAAGGGGUGAAUAUGGAAACUUGCAAACAAGCAUGUCGAAAAAAAUGCUCAUGCAAAGCCGCUUUUUAUCAAUAUUAUUCACAUGUUUCAAGUGGAGAUUGUUUUUUACUUUCAGAGAUAUUUACAAUGAAGACUGUUGAUCCACUUUAUUAUAAUGCGUCAGCUUUCAUAAAAGUCCAGUAUGUUACAUCACAUCAUGUUUCUCAUCAAGUUGCAAGACUUGUAGGCUCUACAGUUGGAAGUUUUGUGCUUCUACUUGUUGUGGCCAUAGGGGUUAUGUAUGUAGUCUAUAAGCGUAAAGGGGAUACUGAAAUGGAAGAAGGGUACUUGGAUCAAUUGCCAGGAAUGCCGAAUCGGUUUUCUUAUGAAGAACUGAAAACUGCUACAGAGAAUUUUAGUAAAAAGCUUGGUCAAGGAGGGUUUGGAUCAGUUUUCGAAGGGACUCUUGUAGAUGGCAUGAAGAUUGCAGUAAAAUGUCUUGAAGGUUUUGCGCAAGUUAAGAAAUCAUUUCUAGCUGAGGUUCAAUCCAUUGGCAGCAUUCACCAUGUGAAUCUGAUUAGACUUAGAGGAUUCUGUACAUUGAAAUCACAAUGGUUUCUAGUGUAUGACUUCAUGAGUAACGGGUCAUUAGAUCGGUGGAUCUAUCAUGGAAACCGAGAACACGUACUUGAAUGGGAAAGCAGAAAGAAAAUCAUUAUUGAUAUAGCCAAAGGUCUAGCAUAUCUCCAUGAAGAAUGUAGGCAAAAAAUCAUCCACCUCGACAUUAAACCUCAAAACAUACUUCUAGAUGACAAUUUCAAUGCCAAAGUAUCUGAUUUUGGGUUGUCUAAGCUGAUUAACAAAAGUCAAACCGAAGUGAUGACCAGCAUAAAAGGAACACCUGGUUAUAUAGCUCCAGAAUGUUGGAGCUCCAUAAUAACUGAAAAGGCGGAUGUAUACAGCUUCGGGAUCGUUCUGUUGGAGAUCUUAUGUGGCAGGAAAAUUUUCGAUAGAUCUCAGUCUGAAGAAAGCUGGCACUUGCUUUUUGUCUUUCAGAAAUGCUGGGAGGAAGGAACAUUACUAGAUCUUGCUGACAGAGACAGUGAAGAUAUGCAGGUACACAAAACUGAAGUGGUGGAGAUGAUGAAAGUGGCUGCAUGGUGUUUACAAACAAACUAUAAGAGAAGGCCUUCAAUGUCAUCUGUGGUUAAGGUGUUAGAAGGAGGAAUGCAUGUUGAAACGAACUUGGAUUACGACUUCACAAAUCUAAGAAUUCAGGAACCAACAGUUGGAGACCAGAAAGAUUUCACGUUAUUGCCGUCAUCCAUUUUGUCGGGGCCAAGAUGAGUAGUCCUGAGGUUCUUGUGGAUCAUUUCUAUGCAGUUUUUUUUCUGUUUCAUUAUUAACUGAAAUGUUGGUUAUAUAUCAUAAUUUUAUAUA